CCAUUCCGGUUUCCUACAAAUUUUUAAGCACUUGCAGUGUUUAAACACAGUGACCCACAUAACCGCUGAGCAAUGAAUCAGUUUAAUUCUUGCGAUGUUAAAUAAGGCUGCCUAUGCCUACACCACUUCCGCAACAUUAAUUAUUAAAAAAGAUGGCAAAACUUCUAGACCCGCAUGCAUUUAUUUUGGGAAAGUCCUGUGACAAGCAUGGUAAAUAACACUCAUUAGUGCGAGCGUUGGUAAUGAAAUGCUUAGACAGCAAUCCGCAAGUUACGAAACCAAAAACUGACCCAGAAACUGCAGCAAGGAAGAGCAACAAUUAAGACUUUGCCGCCGCUAAAUAACUAUCAACAAGGAUAAUAAUUAAUAAAAUGUGUAUUAAGUCAAGUCGAUAAUGAUAUAGCAGGCUGGCCUGCGGCUAAAUAACAGUACCUGAUACCUACUGCAAGUACCGUAGAACCAACCCAGAGGCGUAGAACUGGGGCACUCGGCGUAACAGUAUCCCCGCAUGUUUACAACCAAACGCCGAAAUUUUCGCCCAAGUGCAAAAUUCGAAACGCCCACAAACUCGCUGGGUGCCACAUUCCUCUCCCGGUACCAUCGAGAAUUCCAUGGAUCUAGCGCACCCGGAUAAAAAAUGAAUCACGAGGAGCAGGGUGUGUGUUCCGGUACCACUUUCUUCAUUUCUUCACCUACGUCACUGUAUUUACCGGCUAACAGAGUAAAGAACUCGUUGCAGUAAAAAGCUCGCUCAUUCCGAUAGUUUUCGUUCUCGGUGAAGUUCUUGAUCGAUUAGUGAACGUUGGUUGACACUUCCUUCUUAACAUCUACUUGCUACUAUUGUAGAGAGUCUGGCACAGUGAAAUUUGCAGGACUUUCGACAUGUAAACGCCUCUCGCAAAUUUUCUUCCACAAUAAUCAAAUUUUUUUUUGAAAUAAUAAAGUGAUGCAGUGAGAUUUUGGCUUGUGGGCGACUAAAUAAUGACUUUGGUUUCGCUUUCUUCAGUGUGAUCUCAGGUUGUGGCAAGUGAUUUAAGCGAGUUAUUCCAGAAAGUGUAAUCAUGGAGUUACGGUACGUCCUGCUGACCAUAGUAAAGAUCUUAAUCUCGGUACCAACGGUUGUCUUGUACCAAUCAGUCGUAACUGAUGGAGCUGUUCUCAUGGGUGGACAUCUGGACAACAAAAAUGUUUCUGCAAAUAGUACCGACCAGCUUACGACACCAAGUAGUCAAGAACUUGCUAUAACAAACAAUACGGAGAGCAAGGCACAUAAUUCGGAAGAAAUUCCGGAUCCUUCUCCCCUGGUACUUCCGGGGUACAACCUCCCGGAGAAUAUUUUUAAUAAAGGAAAACCUUUCUAUUUGGAGAAGGAUCCGUUGACUGGGAAAAUCGAUUUCGAUAGUAAAACAGCAUCUUUGCGACUCGAUGACGAUUUGUACGACUACGUUGAUGAGGAACCCAGUUCGGAUAUCCACGACAAGGCCAACAUCGACCGCAAAGAUGGCAGUUUAGGGAGUCACAGACCAAGUGAUAUCAACCAACUAACGCCAAAUUUCCACGACUUUUUGAAUCUGCCAGUCAAGUACAACUCAGACAAGUACGUCUACCCCUUGAUAUCAAGCUCUUACGCCAACACCAAAAUCCAAGGAAACGUCAACAAGUACCACAAUCAUAAAGACUACAGUGUUAAAACCUCAACUUUAAAACCGACCGGAAGCCCGACGUACUACAAAUCGCCGAAUUACUACAGCAGUCCAAAGACCACCGAAACAACAACUACAACCACCACGACAACAACCCCCAAAACUACAACAGAAGUUUACUUGACCUCAACAACUAAAAAUUUGAUGGACAGUGAGAUCAACCAUCCGAGCUUCCACGAAGAUUUUGAGGACUAUUACGAGGAGACGGAACGGCCAAAUCAAAUUUAUCUAACGACCAAAAACGUGAACAACAUUUAUCUGACGACCAAAGCCCCAAGUACGACAACUCGGCGCGUUUUGAGUGUUUUUGAACAAUUGUUUGGGGAGUAUGACGAAAUUGUUCCCACGACUGAAAAACCAAAACCGCCAAAAGAGAUUAAAACCGAGAAACCUUCCUACAGCACACCUAGUCAUUUGCAUUAUCCUAAUUCGCAUGCCGGGCCUAACGUACUGACAGGGUCAAGUAUGGGUUUAGAAUCGGCUUCGUACGAAUAUGAAGAUUAUGAGGAGAAAAUCGAUCAUGGGGAUAACAUAGCUAUGGAAUCUAAACCAGUACAGAAAGAAACUACAAGUUCCACUACCGCACCAACUACUACAACUAAAAGUACCACCCAGUCUACAACUACUAGUACAAGUACAACCACUCAAGCAAGUACGACCAAAAGUCAAGUCUACGACGAAUAUGACUAUGAAGAGAAGGAAAAUGAAACGAAAAAAGAAGUUCGCCCAACUCAACCCCCGACAAGUACCAUGAAAGUGACUUCGUUACCUCUGGGCGAGAAUCACAUAACUAACUUAAAUAACCACCAGUCGAUAAUCGUGGCUACGCAGAACUUACGCGAACAGUUGAAUAACGAGAAAGUGGUACCAAAACCGUUCAGUUACGACAAACAACAACCCCCCAGUACCAGCAAUAUCCACAUAGCCCCGGACCAAGACAUGGUGUCCUUCGUGGUGGGUAACCACCAGAACGUAGAAGGUAACCAAUAUGUUGGUACUUCACUUAAGGAAAGUCCCUACGACAGCAACCCCUUCCGGCCCUUGUACGGCCAACAAGCCCAAUACAGCAAAGACACAGUCAGCUACACAGUCCAAGCCUCCCCUGCCCAAAACUACCCCCCAGCGGUGAGUUCAGUCACAAUCCAACCCCAGAAAAACUCAGAAGCUUCCCUGGCAAUUGGAGUACCGAUCAAAGUUCCCGGCCAAGUCAUGGACGAAAAGCUCGAAAUCGGGGACGAGAAAAUCGACUACCCUAAAGGCACAGGGGGCAAAAUCAUCUUCCCUGACGACAAAAAAGUCGCUAAUCUGGCCCCACCCCUCCAAGCGCCGCCCCCGAACCGCGAAGUCCUGCAACUAAACUCCAAACCCAUGUACCACCAACUCCCCAGCGACCUAACCCCGCCCAAAGAGAAGGACAUUGUGCCCAACGCCGCGUCACGAAUCGACCGACCCAGGCCCCCAUGGGACCCCCGGCCGGGGCACUUCUACUCCGGCAAGCCCGAGUAUGUGAGGCCCCCGCGACCGCCCCCGGAAAUCGCCUACAAGCGGAUUGACAAUCUGCCGAACAUCUUGCCCCAGUUCCGGCCGAACAUGAAGUCCAACGCUCCGACACAUUACCUAAACCGGCAGCCACUCCUGGAGAGGCCCUCGAAUAGGCCCAUUGGAUUCUUCGAGAAGUUGCAACCGCCACCACCCCCGAAAAACCUGCAUAAUUUGCGAAAAAUACCCCCGCCUCCGCCGCCCCCGAACCAGAUACGGCCGGUGGCGGAAGAUCGCAUUAUCAACGAAGCGCCGAAGAAGCCGCUCCCGGACCAGUUCUUCUACCAGAGUCCGCCGAAAGUGGUACUGGGGACCCGGAGAAUCGCUAAUCUGGACGGGGACGUGGAAACGUUGCAAAUGAUCCAAGCCAAGAAGGGGGAAAAGAAGGAAAUCCAACCGGAGGUUGUGACUGAGAAAAGCGACAGCGGGACUGACAAGCCCCUCUAUGUCGUGUACCCCGUUAACACACCCCCUAUUAAACUAGACGUGAUUGAUUCAAACAGUAAGGAAAGCGUGGUAAUUGGGACACGGGCGGAACUACCUUUACCCCCCUCCAAAAUCAAUCAGAACUUUGAUUACGAGCAAAACCCGAUUCUGAACCCCAAAGACCGGAACGACGCCCCAAUCCUCAAACCCCACCCCAGACCCACUUUCCCGAUAAAAUCCGACUUUCCCUACCCUCUUGAACGCCCUGAUCCCUCCAUUCUUAAUCCAGCAGUCCCGGAAGUGCCGUCCAAAAACGGGAACAACUUGGACGAAGCUGACAAUUUCGUCCUUUCGGGCAACCAGUGGAACACCAUCGGCGAAAACCUCGAGUCCAGGAUUGUCAAUGGCCACAAACCCUCGUCCUCCAACCAAAUUUCAGUCACCCUCAAAACCUACACCGAGAAACCCAUCGCGGUGGCCUACACCCCCACGGAGCCCCACAGAUUCGACGACAAGUACUCCAUGCCUAACUACGGCAGCCCCGUGAUCCCCGAGAUCAGGCCGGGGACCGUCGACACGGCCCACCUGGGGCACGGCAGCCCCGACAACGAGUUCACAGUGAGCGCUGUGAUGCACACGCACCCGCAGAUCGAGCUGAAAGAGAAGUACGAGGAGCCGCCGAACCACAAAAGCGACACUGAAAGUUUGCCAAACAUCCAGCAGGAUUUCCAAGCGCCGUUCCAGGCCAGUGUCAACAUCGACUCCAUGUCCCAGGGGUGGUCUGUGGUGAGAGACAAGAACAAGUCGACCACUGAGAUCGGGGAGGAGGUCACGACUUUGCCGCUGGCGACCACCAGCGAGUUCGAUAUCGAGAAUUUCAAGCCGCAGCUGAUCGGCGGGUUUAAGCCGAUUUAUAAUUUUCCGGAUGAGGCGGAAAAGACUAAAGAAGCGGAAGUGAGUGAACGGGCAGAGUGAAGGACGCGAAAAAAUUCGUAAUAAAGUGAGGGGGGGUUGGUGGGGUUUUGUGAAAUAUUCCGUUUUCAGACUGUGCGAGCGAAUAUUUCACUUUAGCUGUUAGCGAUUUUUAUUACUGGAAACUCAUUAGAAUAAGAGACUGCAAGACUUUAUGUUAUGUUAAUAUACCACUAUUGUAAUGUUUCCCUUAAAUUGACGAUUUAAUUUAUAAGUAUUUAUUUAUUUAUUG